AUGUCAUCGACCGAGAGAUCGACGGAGGUAGAGAAUCUGCUCAAGAAAACUGCCUCUACCCGCCCUUUUACAUCGCCACCAGAAAGUCAGCGUGUGCAUGAUCAGCCUUCUUUGAAGUCUUCUUCGAAGCCUACCUCUUCUUCCUCGGACCUUGCCUCCUCUACAAUCAAUGCCCCUCUCUACCCAUCGCCGUCGACCCAGAACCUAUUCGUUCAAGGUGGGGACGAGAGUUACGCCAGACGGAGAAGGCAAAACAGGGGAAUCCCGGAAACAAUGCACUGCUACCUCCCGAAGAAGCGAGUUAAGUUUGCGGAUACCGACAAUCACGAGUCCGCAGAGACCACUAGGCCACACAGCGCUACAGUGGCUCAACGAACACGCAUCAGAAUUGGAACGCGCUUCCCACCCCUACGACGCAGGGCUCGAGUGCAAGCAGUACUUGAAGCAUCGAGAGAAGCUCAACACAGGGCCCAGAUGUUAGUAUGGCAAGAAGAGCAAGAAGCAGAGAACCGUAAAUUAAGAACUAAGAUGGGGAAUGCUCUCCGGGCCUGGGAAGCUCUCGAGAGACAGAGAGAACUUGAAGCCCAACAAGCAAACAUAGGAGCUUUCUAG